UAAACGCACGUAUAUGUGGUGUUUCUAGAGUUGUAUAAUGGCUCUUCUGCGCAGUGUUGGGCUUCUGGCUCUGCUGCUGGUGUCGGUCCGGUGUCUGAACCGGGAGCAGCUCUUCGAUUACGGGAUCCGGUUUGGUGACCAGAUUCUGGAUUCUGGAACCGAUUCGGUUCGAGAGCUCGAGCUGGAGCAAACGCUCUUAUUCUUCAAAGGAAAGUUCGAUAAAGUUUACGUCAGCACCAAUGGCUUCAUAUCUCUGGCUGAACCCACCGAUGAGUCUGAGUACCUGGGGAAGAUGCCGGCCAGUUUUGGUAUGAUUGCAGCCUUCCUGGGAGAUCUGGACACCACCGAUGGGGCCGGUCACGUCUUUUUCCGCCAGGAUAAAAGCCCUGAUGUGCUCCAGAGAGCUGCAGAGCACAUUGGCCAAGCAUUUCCUUCUGACGACGGCAUCGAACCCACUCACUCCAUCAUUGUCACCUGGGAGAAUAUGGCGCCUCAGUCUGAACGAGGAAGAGGAGAUGAAUAUGACUAUACGAGAAAUACUUUCCAGCUGGUUGUAGCAAACAUGGAGUCGGCGUCGUAUGCCAUCCUGCUGUAUCCAGAGGAGAGCAUGCAGUUCGGCUCCACUCUCAUGAAUGAUGAGGAUCAGCUGGUUGAAGUCGGCUUCAAUGAAGGGAAGGUGGCGGGCUGGUUCGGCUGGGGGUCCACUCAAGGAGCUUACUAUCGCAUCACUCAAGACAGCGAGGAGUCAAUAAGCGCUCUCGCACAGGAGACGAACUCGGGCCGGCCUGGCGUUUGGGUCUACGAGAUCGGCACGUCUCCGUUUUUCACCUCCAUCACACCUGGAGAGGUCACAGAGGUCACGACUGAGCAGACUAUGGUGGACACUCCGGUGCCCGAGCCGUCCGUCCCGUGGAAUCGACCUCAUGAGGAGCUUCUGACCUCCGAACCUCCGAAUGAAACGCUCGCCAGUCCAGAGCCGUUCGCAGAGUCGUCGACGCCGGACGAGCCUCAGUAUCGUUACGUUCAUCCGCGACCGAAGACGUCUCAACAACAACAACCGCAAAACCCACAGGUGCUGAUCAUCGAUGAGGACGAGCUGAACAUCGACGUGUUUUCUUAUAAUUACGAGACGUGCUCCAGCAACAAGCACAAGUGCUCUGUGUUCGCCGACUGCAGAGAUUACGCUGCCGGAUACUGCUGUCACUGCAAACCUGGUUACUACGGCAACGGCAAGGAUUGUGUCGCCGAAGGCAAGCCUCAGAGGAUGAACGGGAAGGUCAAUGGCAGGAUCUACGUCGGUGAUUCUCCGUCUCCUGUGGAGUUUUCUAACAAUGACCUGCACUCGUAUGUGGUGACUAACGACGGCCGGGCGUAUAUCGCCAUCAGCAGCAUCCCAUCCAGCGUCGGCCCGUCUCUGCAGCCCCUGUCGGCUCUGGGCGAAACCAUCGGCUGGGCCUUUGCUCUGGAGCAGCCCGACUACCAGAACGGCUUCAGCAUCAUCGGAGGGGUUUUCACGCGACAGGCCGAGGUCAUCUUCCAGCCCGGGAACGAGCGGCUGAGCAUCAGGCAGGAGUUCGGCGGCAUCGAUGAACACGAUCAUCUGCUGAUCAGCACCGAACUGGACGGCAGGAUCCCAGAGGUGCCUCAAGGAGCCACGGUCCAGAUCGAGCCCUACAGCGAGAUUUACCAGCACUCCAGCAACCUGAUCACGUCCUCGUCGCGGCGGGAUUACACCGUUAGCAUGCCGGACGGAAGCGUUCACACACACAGCUACCUGUGGACACAGAGCAUCAAGUUCCAGAGCUGCCCUCACGAGGAGGUCCUGAGCGCUGUGCCGGCGAGCCAACAGCUCAGCGUCGACCAGAUCUUCGUCAUGUACGACUCCAGCAACCAGCUGAUCCGCUUCGCCAUGAGCAACAAGAUCGGCUCCAUCCACAUAUAUUUUAUUUCCGCUGGAUUCAUUGGCGACGGACGGGUUUGUUACGAUGUUGAUGAGUGUUCAGAAAGCCCUCGGAUCUGCGGUCCGUACAGCAUCUGCAAUAACCAGCCGGGAUCUUUCCGCUGUGAAUGUCUGGAUGGUUUUCAGUUCGCCGGCGACGGACGGACGUGUGUCGAGACUGAGCGUCCCGUGGAUCACUGUCAGAGAGGAACGCACGACUGCGACGCUCCUGAACGUGCCCGAUGCAGCUACACAGGAGACUCGUCUUAUAUCUGCUUGUGUCUGCCGGGCUUCUCUGGAGACGGACGGGCGUGUCAGGAUACCGAUGAGUGCCAGCCGGGCCGUUGCCAUAGCGAUGCCAUCUGCCACAACACCCAGGGCUCCUUCACCUGUCAGUGCCGGCCUGGUUUCCACGGCGACGGCUUCAGCUGCACACCUGGAUCCGGUAGGUGUGGUGUGACGCUCAUAGGAUGCUUUAAAAUCAGUUUUCUCUCUCCCACACUCUUCUCACGGCUGUCAAAGCCUCUGUUCUUCGGCGAUGGAACCCGUCAGGUGGAGUGUGUCGAUCCGUUCUCUCGUCUCAGGAGGAAACUGACCGAAGGGAUUCAGUAUCCGUUCUCCAUCGUGUCUUACGGCAGAAACCUCUACUACACCGACUGGAGGAGGGAAGCAGUGGUUGCUAUGGACCGUCAUGAUGGGAUGGAGGUGGAGGAGUUUCUUCCUCAGAGACGUUCGCGUACAUACGGCAUCGCUAUGACUUACCCACAAUGCCCUGCAGGCGUGAACUACUGCUCUCGUGAUAACGGAGGCUGCUCUCAUCUCUGUCUGCCGCGGCCGGGCGGAUUCUCCUGCCGCUGUCCCGACGCCAGAGACGGCUCGUGUGUCGAGCGGGACGAGAAUUUCUGAGAGACACUGAGGACUGAAGACUUGUGUUCCUUCCGCUCGGAUCAAGAUAAUCAAUACAGGGCCCGUUUUCGGCCGUUUUAUGUGACGUUUACACUCAGACAGUCCAUCUGGACAAGAGCCUCCUAUGGGAAAUCACACGAUUUGUUUACACACUGCAUGAUGGGAAGGCGGGCCGCUGUGGAAACAGCUGGACAGAGGAAGAAGGAAGAGAGAGACUGUGUUUUGUACAGCUGUUCAAUUAAAACACAU